CAAGCAGCAAUUGUUUAGCAAGCUAAUCAACUGAAGCGAUGAACGUUGCAAACAAUAAUUGCGGACAAAUGCUGAGCGAUUCUUCGGAAUCAUCGGAGCCACCAAGAGCCCAAGCUGGGGCAGUUUUCGGGAAGAAGGAUAAGGGGAAGAAGGCCGAUACGAAGAAGAAGAAUACGGCGACGGAGGGCUCGAAGCGUGUGAAGAAGGAGAAAAAGAAGGAUGACGGUGAAGCGGCCAAAGGUGAUCCGACAAACAAAACCAACAUGACACCUGCUCCACCACAGACCCAUCCGAUUGUCGAGCAGUGGGUGCUCAGAGCACUGGAUGUUGGAGUUGACAAGCUUCGUGAGGAAUUCCGUGGAUUGGCAAAAUACACGAGACCCGACAUGACUCAGGUCAUGUUCAAUGCCAAUCAGUCUCCGGACAUUGCCAUCACGAAGAAUCGUUACCAAGAUGUCCCGUGCCAAGACCAAAGUGCGGUAAAGCUGGAUCAACCAUCUCCGUGCAACUACAUCCAUGCAAACUACGUCGGAUGCCCCAUGAUCCCAGAAAAGCGUUUCAUCUGCGCCCAGGGACCACUUGACCAAACGAUCGAUGAAUUCUGGUGGAUGGUCAUUCAAAACAAGGUCGAGCAGAUUGUCAUGCUUUGCAAGACCGUCGAGAUGGGAAAGCUCAAAUGCGCUCAGUACUGGCCAGCUGCUCAAGGCGAAAAGCUUACUCUGAAGAGUGGUUGUGUCGUGGAGAACGUGUCGGGCUCGAAGCCAAUGGAGAGGGACCCGGAGAUUCAGAUCACUAUGCUCAACCUUACUUAUAGUGGUGGUCAGACGAUGUCCGUUCGUCAUCUUCAAUGGACUGAGUGGCCGGAUCGUGGAGUCCCACCUUGUAAGCUAACAAGCUUGGAGCUGCUUUCCGCAAUCCGCGGAUCCAAGGUUCCAAUCGUCGUGCACUGUUCUGCCGGGAUUGGGCGUACCGGGACCAUCGUCGCCAUCGAAUACAUUCUUGAGAAGAUCGCCGAGAACAAGCCGUGCCCUCCGAUGCCUGAGCUUGUGAAGGCACUCCGUGAUCAAAGGGCCUUCUCAAUCCAGAACGAUGUCCAGUACCUCUUCAUUCACCGUGUCAUGCUCAACUACUUCCUCGAGAAGUACAAGGAAAAGUAUGCGGCUUUGCUGACAGCGGAAAAUGUGGCCAAGUACGACAAGUUUAUCAAGGAUUACAAUGCAGCGGUUGGACAAUAAUUGAACUUAGAUUUGAAAUAAAUGUUUUGUAUUG